CCACGGUCAAGCACUCACUCUUUUUCACAUCGGGUGACAGGUGGCAACGCUCGCACAUUUCCAAGCAAACAACGGACGUUUCUUUGGCAGUUGCAGGCGGAAGUUGAAGGCCUAACCAUGGCCAACUUUGGAGGCCACGCCAUUCCUGGCUCGUUCUUCUUGCUCUUUGGGUUAUGGCUGACGGUCAAACAUACUCUCCAGCACUACUGGAGGAAAAACCAGCCCAAAGGCAGAGCCGUUUUGCCUCCUUUCUUUAAACGAAUGGAAUACAUCGAGGGAGGGUUGCAAAUCUUUGCUUCAUUUGUCGGCAUCAUGGUGGAGCAGUUUGUGGUGGACGGGCCACACGCUCGCCUCUACGACGUGCAAAACAAUUCGUGGGUCAAGCUGAUGAACUGGCAGCACACCACCAUGUACCUGUUUUUUGGCAUCUCGGGAAUAGCGUUGGUGGUGAGCACCGUGUCCAAACUGGUGCCAGUUGGCGUGGACCGCCUUGCCCUCUCAUUGGCGCUUUUCGUGGAAGGCUUUCUGUUCUACUUCCAUGUGCUCAGUCGCCCCCCGCUAGACGCUCACAUCCACUCCCUGCUCGUCGUGGCUGUGUUCAGCGGGUCAGCCAGCACCAUGAUGGAGGUGUUCAUAAGAGACCACAUUAUCCUGGAGAUGCUGAAAGCCUGCUUGUUUAUACUGCAAGGCUCGUGGUUCUACCAGAUCGGUUUCGUGCUUUACCCACCGAGCGGCCCGAAGUGGGAUUUGACUUUGCAUAACAACAUCAUGUUUGUCACCAUGUGCUUCUGCUGGCACUUGGCGGUGGCUUUGUUUGUCGUCACCUGCACCUCGGCUGCUGUUUGGAUCACAUUAAGGAGAUUCUCCAGAAAAGCACGAGACAUCGAGAUGGUGAUGCGAAAUAAAGUCUCCACUGAGAACUCUGAGAAAGCUUUGCUCGGAGAGUCAGAAGAGGAGUAGUGGCUUUGGAAUAUUACAUUUUAUGUUUUGUUGAAAAUGAAUAGACUGUUUAACUACAUAAGCUUGACAGCUUUUUAAAAAAAAAAAAAAAAUGUUAUUCUGGUCCACAAUACACAUAGUGGGUAUGCUGCUGCUGCUAAAAAAACACCCCCAAAUAAAAUGUAUUAAUGAAUAAUUUGCUUUUCCAUCCAUUUUCUACAGUACUUGUACUUAUUAGAGUGGGGUGAGGUGACUUUGCACAAGAGGCAGGGUUACAUCCUAGACUCGUCGUCAGUCAAUUGCACGUAUGGACAACCAACCAUUCACCUAUAUGCGGAACGUCAUGUGCCCACACCCGGAAAACGUGAUAGGUGACUUCCUGUGUAUGUGACGCUAACAAGUAUGACUAUACGGUUUGAUGAUGAUUGUUUGAAGCCGAACUUGCCGAAAUGUUGUUUUCUUUAUGACUGGUGGUUUUGGACAAAAGUUAAAUACAUGUAUAUCAAUUAAUUAUACCAAGAUGAUAUAUGUAAACACAAAGCAUAAACAUCGAAUAUUGUCAUUUUUGGUGGCUGUGGUGACAUCUUAGGAAAAAGACAUGGUAGACAUUUAAAUGUCUAAUGGUUGCUGUGUCACAGCCGCCUCUGCCUUUCACACAAACCAGUGGGAAGCGCUUAGACCCGUUUUGCAGAAUGCGGAAGUCGGUUGCCCCCGGAUUGAGAGUCGUCACGGAACCCAACAUGAAUGUUUUGGAAUGUGAAAAAAAAAGACAUUGUGGUGUUUAACAGUUUUUUUUCUUGCCAAUCAUUAAAAUUGAGUAAAUGCAAA